UGAGCGGCAGGGCGCUGCGGACGGUGAAUGUUGGAAACCCAGAGCAGUGGAUAGACACAAAGUCACCGGGACUGAGUGAGUGAGUGAGAGGGUGAGUGAGUGAGAGCAGCGCUGCGCUCUCUGUCUCCAAAACAUUUACGCACCGCAGCAGUAUUCCGCCCCUCUCUCUCUCUUUACUCCCCGCCGUCCUCUUAACACCAACAUCCACCACCGACCGGCUCUCUCCACUCUGAAGGACCGGGGGCAGGGAAGUCAGCACACGUACCGAGCAGCCUCCGUCCCAAACCACCGUGCUUUGAAUGCAGUGAGGAAUUAAAGCGGGAGAGGAAGAGGAGGAGGACGGAAGUUUUUUUUUCUCGUGGCGAGCUCAGGGCGCACCGGGACUGGAUGGUUGAGCCCAGCCCUCCAGCACUGCACCUCCUCUCAGGCGGGGAUGUCAGCAUGGCGUGUAUUGGUGUCAAAGUAGAACAGGAGGAGUCAGGUGGUGGGGGUGGAGUCAUUACAUGCACUGAACCUCUUAAGACAUCUCCCACACGUGAUUGGUCAGGAAAUCAUCCACUGGAGGCCCGCCAAUUGACCCCACCACUCUCCCGCUCCCCUUCGGAGGGCUCUCCAGGUAAGGAGCUGCCUCUCAGGCAAAGCCCCGUGGGACGGAAGGAGGCCAGGACACAUGAUAGACCAGAAGGACAAUCCAACUUCAAGGAAGUGCAACCCAUCGCGGCUCAGCUGAGUACCUGUUGUGUCCUGUUAACAGUAAUGCCUACCAUUGAGAAGCUGCUGAAUGCUGACUGGAAGGAGAAACUUCUGGAUAAAAGCACAGUGGGGGCAGGACAACUGAAAGGUACCCCAGAGGCUCUGGCAGAGAAGGAGCUGCAGUUGUUGAUGAUGAUCAACCAGCUGAGUGGUCUGAGGGAGCAACUACUGGGAGCCCACUCUGAGCAGAGGAACAUGGCCGCCCUGCUGCUGGAGAAACAGCAGCAGCAGAUGGAGCUGGCUCGACAACAGCAGGAACAGAUCGCCAAGCAACAGCAGCAGCUGAUCCAGCAGCAGCACAAGAUCAACCUGCUUCAGCAGCAGAUCCAGCAGGUGAAUAUGCCCUACGUGAUGAUCCCUGCGUUCCACCCCAACACCCAGCCCCUCUCGGUCACCUCUGACCCCCAGAUGACCCUACCACUGCAACCAAUCCCCUGCAAGCCAGCUGUGGACUAUUCCAUGCAGCUGCUGCAGAACCCACACCCCACCCCUGUCAAGAGGAGCAGUGGUUCCUUCCGACAGGAAGCCAGUCAGCCCUUGAACCUGACCUCCAAGCCAAAGGGGCUGGAGCUGGGGAAAACACCCAGUCCUCAGAGCCUGGAGCUGGGAUCACUGGCGCUGCAGGGGGCCUACAGGUCCAGAGAUCUCCACAGAGAGGUGUCCCACAGCCCGCCACGAUCUGCCCUCAGUUUCCUCGGAGAAGGCGAUGUGGUCACCCAGGCCAUCCAUGAUGCCCAGCAGCUCCUGAGAGGUCACAGCACCGGAGGGCGAGAAAGAGACAGGGACAGAGAGAGAGAUGGUGGCGGAAAGAUGGAGUACAAAGAUUCUCCCCGCAGCGAGAAAAUUUCUUCCUCCGAGCGGGGUGAAGACAGACACGUUCCGCUGUCCACUGAGGACCACCUCAGCAGUGACUCUGAGGGUGCCCUGUCCGUCUCGGUCCAAGGCAACUAUGCUGAGGCCCGGCCCCCUCCCUCCUCAGGCCACAUCAAGAGACCCAUGAAUGCCUUCAUGGUGUGGGCCAAGGACGAGCGCAGGAGGAUCCUGCAGGCCUUCCCCGACAUGCACAACUCCUCCAUCAGCAAGAUCCUGGGCUCCAGAUGGAAGGGCAUGUCCAAUCAAGAGAAGCAGCCUUAUUACGAAGAGCAGGCGAGGCUGAGCAGACAGCAUCUGGAGCGCUACCCUGACUACAAGUACAAGCCCCGGCCCAAACGGACCUGUAUUGUGGAGGGACGGAGGCUGAGGGUGGGCGAGUACAAGGCCAUGAUGAAGAACCGCCGGCAGGAGCAGAGAGCGACCUACACACACAGUCAAACAGAACCGCAGCAGAUCCACUACUCCCACAGCGAUGGCCAGUACCCGGGCGGUGCCAGCUCGGUCUCAGUGGCAACCAUGCCCUUUCACCCCGCAUUACUGGAGCACUACCUGCCACAGGUGCCCCCCACGAUGCGUCGAGCAGAGGGCCAGGCCACACCUACGUCCCUGCCCAGAGAAAGAGAGAGGGAACGAGAGAGGGAACGAGAGAGGGAGCGGCCGCCGUACAGUGAAGGAGAGGAGAGCGACGCGGGAGAGAGGAGCGAGGGGGAACUGGUGCUCCUGACAGACUGAAGUGGGGGAGUGGGGUGGGUGGGAGAGGAAAAAAUGGCGGUGAGGAAUGAGAGGGGAGGGUAGCUGAGGAGGAAGGGAGCUCUUUGUUGACUGACAGUCGGAGAAGAGGAAUGGAGGAGGAACAGGGGAGACGGGAGGGAUUGAGUUGUCACCAGAUGAUAAGAUUGCCCCUCUGGUAGGCAAACGUGAACAGAUGUGGUGAGAAAACGUCAUACUCACUCCUUUGUAAAUUAGUUGAAAUUAGUAGAACCCCCCCCCACACACACACACACAUAGAGGCAAGCUCUUGUGUUACUCAUUUCCCUUCAUAGACAUGUCAUCAGCUGCUUUGUUUUAGAAUACAGAAGUCAUACUUAAGUUACAAGGGAGAGGGUUUACUGUUUAAUCCCUUAUGCUACUUGCUUUCCUCCCAUGUUGACUUUUGGCACCACAGGGAUUCUUCUCAUUGGAGGAAAGUUUAAAACCACACACGUUUACCAGAAUCCCUGUUUUCACCUGUUUGACAGCUGAGUUACUACUCUGUGGUUGAAGCAACAGGCCAGUGAUGGAGCUGUAUGUUAUCAGCAUGUCAGUACUACCCCCUGCUGGUAGAAGCUGGUUAUUACGUCAUGGAAAAACCCAGAGCAGCAGCAUUCCUGUCUGCUAAUUUUCACAUUAAGUAUCUCAGUGUUGAGAACACUGACACUUGUUGCACCACAUGCUCAUAUAUUAUAUGACACUCACGCAAGUCAUGGAUCAGAUUGUCUGGAGUAGUAUGGAACCUGGAGUUUGGCAGAUUAUAGUGCUCCAAUUUAAAUUUGAUCUUACAAAGAGAAAAUAAAUAGAGAGAUCGAAGGUUUGUUUCAGCAAUUUGGUAAGAUAUAUAAAGAUGGGGGGCUCAGAUUAAAAAAGAAUGGUUAGCAGCAAAGGCUGAGAUGCUGCCCUACAUGCCAGCUGACAUAAAGGGCAGUAAGUAAGUAAGAGGCUGAGAUAUCC